AUGUCCCUCGCAGGUCUGAGGCCCAUCCCCGACAUCGUCGUCAUAGUCCACCGCAACGAAGGUCGGGUUCUCCUCACGGACCGCAACGGCUUCUACCACGACGCGCUGGGGGCUGCGUGGCAGCUGACGAGGGGCAACGUGCUGGUGGUACUGACCAGGACGCAGAUCAAGGCCGAGGCCGAGCUCUUCGACGCCCAGCUGCUGCACUCCCUCUCCGCGCAGGGCGACCAGCCCACCAUCGGGGCCCUCUCGGCGGCUGGCCGCGUGCUGACGUGGGACUCGGCGCCGUCGCACGCGCAGCGGCAGCAGUUGCGGUCGCUGGCGGCAAGAGCGUACUUCCGCGAGCCGCCGCCCGCAGUGCCGGGGCUCCCCGCGGAGUGGGCGUGCCGACGGCCCGGCGCCGGCAAGGCGCAGUCGUGGUGCAGCCUCCUGUAG